CCGCCCCCAAUGCCAUCCCAACUAAAAAAAACCUUCGGCAACUGAGAGCUUGUAACGUACUAUCGACGAAUAUGUCUCCUUCGGCUGCGAAAUUAACAGAAAUACCAACUUUCAUUUUCUCAUAUCCCGCUCGCCGACCGCCGUUUUAUCUCCUACUCAAACCCCUCUCUUCCAUCCGUCGCACCACCACCGCCGCCACAAAAAAGAACAAAGUGCCCUCCCUGAACCAUGGUACUUCUAAUUCUCUUCCUUCCCACUCUUCUUCAUGGCUCAACAAAUGGCCGCAUCAUGUAGACCCAUUGUCAGCUAGCACAAAUCCCAUUUAUUCGGACUCCCAAGUCCGAGUUCUAGACCAGCGCACUACAACCAGGGGCACUGCAAUUGAAAGGAUUGUGCUUCGGUUGAGAAAUUUGGGAUUAGGAUCGGAUGAUGAAGAAGACGAAGGAGAUGAUAGGAAUGAGAAAGAUAAGUUGGGCGGUUUGUUGAAAAGGGACUGGGUUCGCCCUGAUUCUAUGUUGUCUGAAGGUGAAGAUGGGACAUUGCUGCCGUGGGAGAGCAGUGUGGAGUUGAGUGACGAUGAGGAGGAGAAGGUUGACGGGGGGAGGAGGGUGAUGGUGAAGGAACCUACGUUGGCUGAGCUGACCAUCAAGGAUGAGGAGCUUAGAAGGCUGAGAAGAGAUGGGAUGAGUCUCAGAGAGAAGAUCAACAUACCUAAGGCUGGUGUCACUGGGGCAGUUUUGGAGAAGAUUCAUCAAAAAUGGCAGAAAGGUGAACUUGUGAGGUUAAAAUUUCACGAGGCUUUAGCUCAUGAUAUGAAGACUGCACACAGAAUUGUUGAGCGUCGAACAAAUGGACUUGUAAUAUGGAGGUCUGGAAGUUUCAUGUUGGUUUACCGUGGAAAUAACUAUAAUGGGCCUUCUUCAAGAGCCAAACCAAAAGAUUUAGAAGACAAUGACCCAGUGAACAACACAAAUGAGAGCAUUAAUCUAGCUGAGGGGAAAAUUGACCCGCUUUACUCUAUCCAGCAUAAGACCUUGACUGCAAAAGAAGCUGAGUUUAAUAAAUUGCUAGAUGGUUUAGGACCACGUUUUGAAGACUGGUGGGGAACAGGAAUACUUCCUGUUGAUGCUGAUUUACUCCCUCAGACAGUUCCUGGCUACAAAACUCCUUUCCGACUUCUUCCCACUAGAACGAGAUCUAGCCUAACCAAUGCAGAAAUGACCAAUUUACGAAAACUUGCAAAAUCACUUCCAUGCCAUUUUGCCCUGGGUAGAAAUAGACAUCAUCAGGGUUUGGCAGCUUCUAUUAUUAAGCUCUGGGAGAAAAGUUUAGUUGUGAAAAUUGCUGUUAAACGCGGAAUCCAGAAUACAAACAAUCAGCUAAUGUCUGAGGAGUUGAAGAAAUUAACAGGGGGAGUGCUACUGCUGAGAAACAAAUACUACAUAGUCAUUUACAGGGGAAAGGAUUUUGUACCCCCAAGUAUUGCAAACGCUUUAGCAGAAAGACAGAAAAUGACGAAACAGAUAUUGGAUGUUGAAGAAAUGGUGCGAAAGGGACCGGGUACGUUCAUCCAUGUGGGUAUAUCAGGUGAGGAACUAAUAACAAGUGAUUUAGCAGAACAACCUGAGGCUAAAGAUGUUGAGGACAAACAGAGAAGUUGGCAGCGGGCUGGUUCUUUAGCGGAAUUUUAUGAGGCCCAAGCCCAAUGGGGAAGAAGAGAUGUUCCCCAUGAAGAGCGGGAAAAUAUGUUGAAAGAAGCAGCUAGAGCAAGGACUGAAAGAGCAAUCAAGCGACUUGAACAUAAAGUAGCCAUUUCUCAAGCAAAGAAGCUUAAAGCAGAGAACCUUUUAUCAAAAAUUGUAGCAUCGUGGGUUCCUGUUGGUCCCUCUGAUGACCAGGAAACAAUCACAGAAGAGGAAAGGGCCAUGUAUCGUCAGGUUGGAUUGAAGAUGAAGGCAUUCUUGCCACUUGGCAUUCGCGGAGUUUUUGAUGGUGUUGUUGAGAACAUGCAUCUUCAUUGGAAGCACAGAGAACUUGUAAAGUUAAUUUCUAAAGAAAAGGAGCUUGCUUUUGUAGAGGAAACAGCUAGACUUUUAGAAUAUGAAAGUGGUGGUAUUCUGGUUGCAAUUGACAGAGUACCCAAAGGGCAUUCUGUAAUUUUCUACCGUGGGAAAAAUUACAGACGUCCCAUUAGCCUCAGGCCAAAGAACCUUCUGACUAAGGCAAAGGCACUGAAGCGCCGUGUGGCUUUGCAACAAUAUGAGGGUCUGAGUCAGCAUAUUGCUGAACUGGAGAAUACCAUAGAGCAAACGAAAAGAGAUAUAGGGGUUACUCAAGAUGUAAAAGGAUUCAACUCAAAUUUGGAGGACGGUUGCCAGUUCAAUCGUUUUUCUGAGUUAACACAGGGGGUUACUCAAGGUGUAAAAGGAUUCAACUCAAACUUGGAGGACGGUUGCCAGUUAAAUCGUUUUUCUGAGUUAACACAGAGUGGAAUUGAAGCUUCAUGGGAAGAGUCCGAAGGCGAUGAAGAUCCCGAGUGGGAGAAUGAAGAAGAUUCUGACUAUUCAGAUACAGAGUUUUCAGCUACUCAAAGUGAAUAAAGAACACAUUUCUCUAUUGUCUUAUCAAAUUUCUAUGGAUCAUGAAGACUUCCUUUUUCAGGUAAAUCUGUAAAAGCUUGAUGUUCCACUGUUCCAGUGCACUACACACCUCAUAGGAUUACGAAAACUGCCUUUAGUUUGCGGUGAUUUUUUUGUUGACAUUUAUUUAUGAUGAUGCUAUUAUUAUUAUUAUUAUAAAAAGAAUAAUGAUUAUUAUUAUCAGAAUUAUUGUAAUUGUUAUUGUUAUUAUGCAUGACUUAAGACACUUUUAAGGUGAAUGGGCUUUCACAUGUUGCCUCUGAAGGCUUCUCACUGGUGGUGGAGAGGGUGGUGUGUCUGGACGAUUUUGUGGAACACAAAGAAUCUCAUGCUAUUGCAAACUGGUUGAGCAUACAUGUAUUACACCACACCCCAAUGCAUAAUUAUUAGCCAUGUUGUGUUUAUAUCAGACAACUUUGUAUAUCAGUCUUAGCCCAGGCAAAUCAAUUAAUAUGGUCAGACAUCUUCUGCAAGUAAUGCAACCAGUUGACAGCUGCAAAGAUUGCUAACAUCAGUCAUUUGAAGCAGCGCAUGUUUUGUGCUUUUGACACUCAAAUAUAUAGUUUUGUAAAAGUAUAUUCUCAACUUACCUUGCACUUGUUUUGUUUCCCCUUCCAAAUAUUUUUGCAACUUGUACCUAUCCAUCUGUACACUAACGAUUAGGUUCCUUGGAGAUGCAAACAUGCAUUCGCAAUGUCUUCUAUUGGAAACAUGGCAUAGUUGUAUGGAUGAAUGUGAUGAAACACCUUUUGUGACAGUCCCAG